AUGGCUGUGAACUCAACCUCGGUGAUGCCACUCACAACCGAUGGCAUAAAGCUCGUUCCAACCAGUCUCCACAUUAUCUUCGCAGGCUUGAUCUUUAUCCUUUCCUUCCUGCAACACGAAUCUCCUCGUUAUCUGGUCAAACGCGGCAAGCUCGAUCAGGCAAUCAGCAACCUGUCCAAGAUCCGCGGCCUCCCUGCCGACGAUGAAUACGUUUCGCGCGAGAUCAGCUUGAUCCAAACCACACAUGAAGCUGAGAUGGAGGCUACCUUGGGGUCUGGUCCCAUGGGAGUGAUCAAGGAGACCUUUAUGGUUCCAUCCAACCUCUACCGCGUUUACCUCACAUUCAUGGCCCAGCUUCUCUCGCAAUGGUCUGGUGCUGGCAGUAUCACUGUCUACGCUCCAGAUUUGUUUGAGCUGCUUGGAGUCACCGGAAAGAAUGAAAGUUUGCUUGUCACUGCUGUCUUUGGUAUCAUCAAGUUGGUCGCCGCCAUCAUCUGUGCGCUGUUCCUGGUGGAUGUUAUUGGACGCAAGCGCGCCCUCUUGCUCGGUAUCACGCUUCAAGGUAUCGCCAUGGUUUACAUUGCUGGCUUCCUGACCGCCGUUCCUGACAUGGGUGUUGUCGACGGCUUCGUUCUUCCUGCUAGCAAGAAGGGAGCUAGCGAAGGUGCGAUCGCAAUGAUCUACGUCUCUGGCUUUGGAUGGGCUUUGGGCUGGAAUUCCAUGCAGUAUCUCCUGACUGCAGAGCUCUUCCCUCUCCGUAUCCGUGCCCUGUGCACCUCCAUGGCCAUGACUCUUCACUUUGCCAACCAAUAUGGCAACGCACGUGCUGUGCCCAACAUGCUCCUCCCCGUCGCCCAAGGUGGAAUCGACCCCAAGGGUACAUUCUGGUGUUUCGCCGCCAUCACCGUUCUUGGCGGCAUCUGGGUUUGGUUCAGUAUCCCAGAAACCGCUGGCCGCUCGCUGGAGAGCAUGGAUCGCCUGUUUGCCCUCCCGUGGUACAAGAUUGGUCUGCAUGGAAAUGAUGAUGCCGAUGCUCGUGAUCAAUUCGUCAACGAGAAGAUGGAGAUGGCUGUGCAGUCUCACGGCACUGCUGAGCACGUUGAGGGCCGAGAGAUUGAGGGUCGAGAUCCUUCGGGUCGGGUUUGA